UCUCAACGCUCAACAGCAGCAAGCAAUUGUGAAAGAGGUUGCCACCACCUUUCUCUUCACAACAAAGAGCUUCCAGCAAGAAUGGCAAUCCUCACCGCUGCUCACUUGGCCAGCUUCUUUGGCAUUCUAGGGAACAUUCUGUCAUUUUUGGUGUUCUUGGCCCCAGUGCCAACCUUCUACAAGAUCUACAAGAAGAAAUCGACAGAAGGGUUCCAAUCACUGCCAUACUCUGUAGCCCUGUUCAGCGCCUUGCUGCUUCUCUACUAUGGCUUUCUCAAGACCAAUGGGCUUAUGAUUAUCACCAUCAACGGCAUUGGCUGCGCCAUUGAAUCCUUUUAUCUCUUCCUCUUCAUGAUCUACGCUACAAAGGAGGCCAAGAUAUACACAACGAAGCUGCUUCUCUUGUUCAACGUAGGAGCAUUUGGUAUCAUGUUGCUUUCCACAUCCCUGCUCUUUAAAGGCCAUCGGCGACUUAGUAUUGUGGGGUGGAUUUGCGCUGUGUUUUCUGUCUGUGUUUUCGCCGCCCCUCUUAGCAUUAUGAGACGAGUGAUAAAAACGAAGAGCGUAGAGUACAUGCCAUUUCCGCUGUCAUUUUGCCUGACACUAUCUGCCAUCAUGUGGUUCUUCUAUGGAUUUUUGAUGAAGGACUUCUACAUAGCAACACCAAAUAUUCUAGGGUUUGUGUUUGGUAUAGUACAAAUGGUCCUGUACAUCAUCUACAAGGACAGCAAAAAGGCAGCUGCGCCAGAUGCCAAGCUUCAGGAUUCAACGACAGUUAUAGACUUGCAAGUAGUGGAGAUGCAAGAGAACGUCAAGCCAGAAGGAACUAAGGCACUGGUAGCAAAUAAUGAUACAGCCAACAAGCCCAUUCAACCAAGUGAAGCCAAUGUGUGAUACACACAUACAUAUAUAUAGGAGAUAUAUCUAUCAAUCUAUCUAUCUAGAUAUAUAUCUAUAUAUAUCUAUAUAUUUGUGUGUGUAGGUGGACUGUGGACAAGAAAAUUUUGGUUCAAUUUAGGGUGGUCACAUGUCUACCAUGUUUUUUUUUUUUUUUUUGGGUCACUAAUGUAACAUGUCUUGUCAUGUUUUAUGAUAAAUAAAUUAACAUUCAGGGUAGAUUACAUAUAUGUGC